GAACAAAUGUAGGGGCGUUUUAAGACAAAGCUGACACGUUCCCCUAAAGGUCUCGAUUUGUAGACCAUCUUCUUCCAUUCUUCACUUUCUCUGUUUUUCUGCUGCUUCGCUGCUCUGUUCACAACCCAACCUUAACCCUAUUCUCCCAAAACUGCCAUGAAACUCAAAAAACCUUCACCGUUUUCAUGCCUUCUCUUUCUCUUCCUCUUUUCCAUUGCACCCUCUGUUUCGGCAACUCUCUCUCCCACCUCCGCCCCCACCGCCUCCCCGUCGCCGUUCUCCUUGACCCUCGACCCCAAGCAACUCAGAGCCCUCCAAUCUCUUCACAUUCCCACUUCUAGAAACCCAUGUUCGCCGUCUUCACUCCAUAAUGUCACUCUCUGCGACUCCUCCGCCCCUUUCCGCCACCUUCUUUCUCUUCGCCUCGUCAACUGUGCUGACGACGUCGCUUUGUCCUUCACUGCUCUUAAAUCUCUUUCCACUCUUCAAUCCCUCCAGUUCCUCAACUGCCCCAUUUCCCCCAUUCGCUUCCCUUCCGACCUCGCCACUUCCCUCCGCUCCUUCACUUGCAUUCGCAGUCUCCGUAAGCUCACUGGUGUGUGGCUCAGUCGCCUCCGGAACCUCACUGAUCUCACUGUCUCUGGUGUCCCUAUUACUGCCUCUGGUCCUUAUGUCAUUCUUGGUCAUAUGAAAUCCAUCAGGACUCUUACCAUUUCUCACGCCAAUCUCACGGGUUUUGUUCCUAAACACCUCAAUCUCAACCUCACCCAUGUCGAUUUCUCCGGCAAUAAGCUCAGGGGGGAAAUACCUAGUUCCAUUACAUCGCUUGAGAAUCUUCAAACCUUAAAUUUGUCGUUGAAUUCGCUCAAUGGUGAGAUACCCACUUCAAUUGGGGACUUGAUUUCACUUCAGAACUUGUCAUUAGCUUCUAAUUCGCUGUCAGGACCGAUCCCGGAGUCUUUCUCAGCCAUCCCGGGGAUAAUUCAUAUUGAUCUCGGUUCAAACCAGUUGAACGGGACAAUUCCGAGGUUCAUUUCGGAGAUGAAACGCUUGAAGUACUUGAAUCUGGAGAACAAUCAGUUUCGUGGAGUAAUUCCUUUCAGUGAAUCGUUUAUCAAGAGGUUGGAAGUGUUUAAGAUUCAGGGGAACCGCAAUCUAUGUUAUAACCAUUCGACAUUAUCAUCCAAAUUGAAGCUUGGUAUUGCUCCUUGUGACAAACACGGUUUGCCGAUACCCCCACCGCCGGCUAGAGACGACGAUGACUAUUCAGUGGCGGAUGACAGUGGAAGUGAUUACGAAGAGAACCAUUUUAGUCACGAGGAGGAUAAUCAUCAACACGGGCCAAACAAGGUAGUUCUUGGAGUGGCAAUUGGGUUGUCAUCCUUAGUUUUUAUCAUUGUUUUCUCGGUUCUCUUGUCCAAGUGCUGUCGUUGAGAUUACACCUCUUCGGAUUAGCCAUCACAAGUUCAAGCUCGAUUAGAUCAGAAACAUUAUUUUGGAAAACAGAGUUCUUUUAAUCUAUCAUCUCACAUAAGUAUAAUGUUACAGUUGUGGAUGAGAAAAUCUAUCUGUUCAAUGAUUUAGUUUUCGGUGAAACUUCUAAAAAGAUGCAAUUAAUAAUGAGACAUGUUUGUUUAUCUUCA